AUGGUGGUUGGAUCUACAGCGGACGGUGUACACAUCUGCUUGUUGUGUGACAUUUAGUGGAAGUGGAAAGUGAUAUCGUUGGAAUUGCCUUGUGAAGAAAUGUCCUAAAAACCCAAGGCGAGAGCCUCACUAUUGAAUCAGAAGAAUCUAAUGUGAUAGGCCUAGGCCCUACAUCCUUAAUCAUCCUGAGGGUCCUUCAAAAUAUCCAAAAUGAUUAAAAGCGGGAUGAAGAAGGAGGCGAAAAUGCGCAUUAGAGCAUUUCCGAUGAGUAUGGAUGAAAAAUAUGUUGAAAAUAUUUGGCUACUCCUCAAAAAUGCUAUUCAAGAAAUCCAAAAGAAGAAUAAUUCAGGUCUUAGCUUUGAGGAGUUAUACAGAAAUGCCUACACUAUGGUUCUCCAUAAGCAUGGCGAAAGGCUUUACACUGGACUAAAAGAAGUUGUUACUCAGCAUUUAGAGUCAAAGGUCCGAGAAGAUGUAUUGCGUGCUUUACAUAAUAAUUUUCUUCAAACAUUGAACCAAGCUUGGAAUGAUCAUCAAACUUCUAUGGUUAUGAUUCGAGACAUUCUUAUGUACAUGGACCGAGUUUAUGUUCAACAGAAUGAUGUAGACAAUGUUUACAAUCUCGGGCUAAUUUUCUUCCGAGAUCAGGUUGUUCGAUAUGGAUGCAUUAGAGAUCAUCUAAGGGAUACUCUCCUGGACAUGGUUAUGCGGGAACGCAAAGGAGAGGUAGUAGACCGAAUUGCCAUUAAAAAUGGAUGCCAGAUGCUUAUGGUCUUGGGUAUCAACAGCCGUUCUGUGUAUGAAGAGGAUUUUGAACGCCCUUUUUUGCAGCAGUCUGCUGAAUUUUACAAGAUGGAAAGCCAAAAAUUCCUUGCUGAAAAUUGUGCAUCAGCCUACAUUAAGAAGGUUGAAGCUCGAAUCAAUGAAGAAGCUGAGCGUGCUAAACACUAUUUAGAUGAAUCUACAGAAGUGCAUAUCGUAGGAGUUGUGGAGGAGGAACUAAUAAACAAGCACAUGCGCACUAUUGUUGAAAUGGAGAACUCUGGUGUGGUUUUCAUGCUAAAGAAUCAAAAGACAGAAGAUUUAGCACGUCUCUACAAGCUGCUUAGUAGAGUCAGUGAAGGCUUAAAGACCGUCUCACAGUGUGUGAGUACAUACUUAAGGGAACAAGGAAAGGCUCUUGUACAGGAAGAGGAAGCUGGAACAAAUGCCAUAACAUUUGUACAGAAUCUACUGGACCUAAAAGACCGAUUUGACAAGUUCCUUCAUGAAUCUUUUGGAAAUGACAAAACAUUUAAACAAGUUAUUGCCUCAGACUUUGAGUACUUCCUUAAUUUAAAUACUAAGUCUCCAGAGUACCUUUCUCUGUUUAUUGAUGACAAAUUAAAGAAGGGUGUAAAGGGCAUGACAGAGCAGGAAAUAGAACAAGUGUUGGAUAAGACUAUGGUUCUAUUCCGUUUCUUGCAAGAGAAGGAUGUGUUUGAACGUUACUACAAACAGCAUCUUGCAAAGAGGCUUUUACUGAACAAGUCUGUCAGCGAUGAUAGUGAGAAAAAUAUGAUCUCAAAACUAAAGACUGAAUGUGGAUGCCAAUUCACAUCCAAGCUAGAAGGAAUGUUUAAGGAUAUGACUGUUUCUAAUACAAUCAUGGAGGAGUUCAAGGAACAUAUUGUGGCGGUCAAGACAACUUUACACGGUGUAGACCUAAGUGUCCGUGUUCUUACCACUGGCUUUUGGCCAACACAGAGUGCAACACCUAAGUGUAGCAUCCCUACUGCACCUCGUAAUGCUUUUGAAACUUUCAGAGUAUUUUACUUAGGAAAGCACAGUGGACGCCAGUUGACUCUUCAACCUCAACUUGGCUCAGCAGACCUCAAUGCAGUUUUCUUUGGACCUCGGAGGGAGGAAGGCGAAGGUAGAGAUGGUGCUAGUUCAAGCACUAGCCUAAUGUCAUCUGGUUCAGGUCCUGCUGGUCCACGAAAACACAUUAUUCAAGUAUCCACCUACCAGAUGUGUGUGUUGAUGUUAUUUAAUAACCGAGAAAAACUUAGUUAUGAGGAAAUUCAAAAUGAAACAGAUAUUCCUGAGCGAGACCUUAUAAGAGCAUUACAGUCUCUUGCCAUGGGCAAAGCUACUCAAAGAAUUCUCAUUAAAACACCUAGAACUAAGGAAAUAGAAGCAAAUCAUGCAUUUCAAAUCAAUGAUUCAUUUUCUUCCAAGUUACAUAGGGUUAAGAUUCAAACAGUUGCUGCAAAGGGUGAAUCAGAACCAGAAAGAAAAGAAACACGUAAUAAAGUGGAUGAAGACAGGAAGCAUGAAAUUGAAGCAGCAAUUGUGAGAAUAAUGAAAGCACGGAAGCGUAUGGCUCACAAUGUUCUAGUGGCUGAAGUAACAGAACAGCUCAAGAGUCGAUUUUUACCAUCUCCUGUCAUUAUUAAGAAGAGAAUAGAAGGCCUUAUAGAAAGAGAAUACCUUGCUAGGACACCUGAGGAUCGGAAAGUGUACACAUAUGUGGCUUGAAUAGUCUGUUAUCAGACCACCUUUUAUUUGAGUGCUAGAAAUUUUUUUUGCCCAGAAUGAAACAUUGAAGAGUCUGAAGAGUCUUGGAUUAGCUGCUUUAAGGUCUCAAUCAUGAGAACCUUUUCAGAUUUUUGAAGAUGAUAUGUUAGUGCUGGGCCAUAUCCUACAUGGGAUCUUUUUAUCUGUGAAUAAACUCAGAGUUGUGUCUCAGGUGUUCUACACGACGUACUGAUGCAGUUGCCUGUAGGCAAGAAAACUUUAUUGUGAUCAGCAUUUUUUACAAGUCUUGCUUGCAUUAAGGAUCAAUCUCCUAUACAUUUUGUAUGGCUCUGUACAUGUUAUUUAAGAAAUCUAAAAAAACUUCACUUGUAGGUAAAGUAAUGAAAUAUCCAAGAAGGCAAUAGUAGUAUUGAUUUGAACGUAACUGCAGAAACGACUGCUGUAUGGCAUUUUGUUACUACAGUUAUGUCAUCACAUCCAUCAAUAGUCCUAAAAUCAUUAAAUUAUCCAAGUGAAAUAAAUUCGUACAUUUGUAGGCUCUAACUUUUUUUAUAUAUAGAAGAAAAAGUGAGCUUUGGUUGCCAUUAUUGGCAAAUUGUUUUAUACCAUCAAGAUUCUGUAAAUAGUCAUAGACUGAGUACAUGGCUGUUGGUUUGGAUUACUGUAGUAUUCUGACAACUGUUGUUGUACACUGUUGCUGUGUGUGUAGUAAUAUGUAAAUAAAAAGAUAUGUAUCAGCACAACACAGAAGCUUGAUUUAAGCUUUUUGGAUUGUGGAGAAACCUCAGUUUUAUUUAAGAUAAAGUUUUAUGCGCGAACCUCAAUUAUUUCUUUGAGCAUACUAUUCUGUCGCUUUUACAGUAAUGGAUUUUUAAGAUCCUUUACUAACACAUGGUUUUCAACUGAAACUGAUUGUCUCAUAAUUUUUGGGGGCAUACCUUCUUUGUUUUCCAUCAACCACAUAUUUCUGAUAUGCUUGAGGAGAUGAGGUCUUUAUGGCGUACUGUGCUUUAUUUGACUUAACUAAUUUUUUGUUCUCUGGUAAAAUUGCUUUGAACAUCUCCUUCAUAAAGAGAGUUUAUUCCUAACAAACUGAGCUUAUAAUGUUACCUGUAUUUUCUUUACUUUUGAGUGAAAUGUCAGGAACAAGGCUAUGCACAGUCUCCUUUGCCACCAAAAUCAUAUUUUGUCUACUGGUUGGGUAGCUCAUGACUCAAAAGCCUCUUAUAUACACCAAACCCCUCAAAUACCUGAAGGAAAGUACAGACAAAUAUUCCAGAUGAGAUUAUGUCAUUAAUUCUAUUAUUGUGUUCCUUUCAAAGCGUUGUGAAGCCUUGACAGUGCCCUUUUAUUAUUUGAACUUAUAGGUCAUCAUUAAGGUAAAACAUAUUAUUAAUGACUGCCACUUCAUGUAUGGAAUGUUUCUUAAAAUGAUUCUUAAAACCAAUCUUCUCAGUUGUGGCUGUAAUGUAUGAGUUGUGUGAAAAUGUAUUUUACUUGCUUUCAGUGAAUCUCUUUUCAUGAAUCUUGUUAAAAUAUUUUGUCUCAAAUUUCACGUUUUCUCAAAAUUUUCAAGGUCAUGAAUAGUUAUGUGGCACUGAUCCAUUCCUGACAAAAAGUGCCAUUGAGCAUCUUUGGUUUUCUUUUGCUUAAAAAAAAAUGGUAUUAUUACCUAUGGCUUGUUUGUCUUUAAUUGUUAACUUGUUCUGUUCUUCUGGUUUUUUAACAAUUUCAUUUUGGUGAUGCCGUCUACAGAUAAUCAAUAUGAAUUAUUACUAUAAAACAAGCUGAAAUUGUGUUUCAUUUGCUGCUUGAAUACUUAUUUGAUGUUUUUGUAAAUGUAUAUUAUUAUUUUUCCUAUUUACAAAAUUCUAUCUUAACCCAUUUUUUAUGGUUUGUUUUGUCUAGUGCCAACAAUUGCACAUGAAAACAAUACUAAUGACCACCUGCUGCCUAAUUAUUAAUAUUAGCUCAGUUUUGUUUUGCACUUACAGCAAUGGUAUUUUUACUUGCAUGAAGCAAGUAUCUCCCUCAAUUGCAGUACAGUGCCCACUCUGAUACCUGUUUUACAUUGUUGAUGAUUGGUUUUGUCAUGCUCUUGUGAAGUUGUACUUUUAAUAUAUCUAUUUUUUGAACAUCGAAGCUAAAGCCUCUGAUGGCCUUUGCAUUUGACACUUAAUGCCUUAUAUAUUCUGCUGAUAGCGAAACAGUGCUCUUAACAAUCAAUUCUCUUGCUCUUGCAAUAUGAUGGAAAGUCAAAUUUAUGUUCAUCAACCAUGUUAAUUCUUCCCCCUUAUUUUAUUGAUUGCUAAGCGAGUUGUUAAAUAAAGGUUUCUUCAUCUUUGAUGAAGAUAAUUCAACAACA